CCCAGUCAAAUCUCGACCUCUCCGCGCCGCCAGCCAAGUCUCAGCCGGCUGUUGCAGCUCCCCAACCGCGCCGCGACACCAUCCCUCCUGGGCGCGUAUCUUGGAACAAGGCAACUGCGUUCGGCGUGUUGUGUGUCGGCCUAACCUGCCUGUGUCUGCGCCCGUCUCCCGCCAUCCUCCGCUUCCUCCCCCCACCACUCGACCGCGUCACCAACACCACACUCGCUGCUCCCCAGACAGUCGCUGCCUUGUCGCCGACUGUCACCGCCAAGCUGGCUGCCACCAAGAUGACGACGAACAGCAGCGGCGCGAGCAUCGCUCGCGUCUAUGCCGACGUCAAUGCCAACAUGCCUCGCUCGUAUUGGGACUACGACUCGGUCAACAUCUCGUGGGGCGUGCUUGAGAACUACGAGGUUGUCCGCAAGAUUGGCCGCGGAAAGUACUCGGAGGUGUUUGAGGGCAUCAACGUCGUCAACUACCAGAAGUGCGUCAUCAAGGUCCUGAAGCCGGUCAAGAAGAAGAAGAUAAAGCGCGAAAUCAAGAUUCUUCAGAAUCUGUCUGGUGGCCCCAACAUUGUUUCGCUUCUGGAUGUGGUGCGCGACAACCAGAGCAAAACACCCUCGUUGAUCUUCGAAUAUGUCAACAACACCGAUUUCAGGAGCCUCUACCCCAAGUUCCAGGAUUACGACGUACGAUACUACAUCUACGAACUGCUCAAAGCCCUGGACUUCUGCCACAGCAAGGGCAUCAUGCACCGUGAUGUAAAGCCCCACAACGUCAUGAUCGAUCAUGAGAAGCGCAAGUUGCGCCUGAUCGAUUGGGGUCUCGCCGAGUUCUACCACGCAGGGACCGAGUACAACGUCCGUGUCGCCUCUCGAUACUUCAAGGGACCCGAGCUGCUCGUGGACUUCCAAGAAUACGAUUACUCGCUCGACAUGUGGUCGUUGGGCGCCAUGUUCGCAUCGAUGAUUUUCAGGAGAGAACCAUUCUUCCACGGCAACAGCAACUCUGAUCAGCUGGUCAAGAUUGCCAAGGUGCUUGGAACCGAGGAUUUGUUUGACUACCUCGACAAGUACGACAUUGAGCUGGAUGCUCAGUACGACGACAUACUCAGCCGCUACCCCAAGAAGCCAUGGCACUCAUUCAUCAACGCAGACAACCAGCGUUUUGUUAGCAAUGAUGCCAUUGACUUCCUUGACAAGCUUCUGCGUUAUGACCACCAGGAUCGACUCACAGCCAAAGAGGCGAUGGCUCAUCCUUACUUUGCCCCUGUUCGACAAGCUGCUCAGCAGAACAGCAUCAGCGCGGCCUGAUUGAUACCCUUUUCAGUACCUAGAUCUUGAGUAAUGGCAUGAGAUUGACGAACGAUCCGACGCCCGAUAUGGCUUAUUGAUCCUCCAUCGUUCUGACCACCGGUGUCUCCCCAUCGAUGUCUCAGUGCAUAUUCAGUCAUACAUGUCGCGGGGACAGGCGUACGAGUCGGUGUGCGUCAUGGCCGGGGCGGGAUUCUAUUGGAGUAUGGGGCGCAGGCUUGGGAACAGAACGCGUCAAACAUGCAUGGAAUGGCGUCAAUGUGCUAUCCGACAUAUACAAAGACUCAUAUUAUUCACGAUCC